AUGGAAGGCAAGGAAGUGUCAACUACAAUGGAUUAUACCAUCAAACUGACAAAGAGUACCGUAACUCCUCUAAGCUCAAUAGCAGAGUAUAGAAGACUAGUUGAAAGAUUGUUAUAUCUAACCAAUACAAGACCAGAUAUAGGGUAUGCAGUUGAAAGAUUAAGCCAAUUUUUGGACUGUGCUACUGACAAGUACUUUGAAGCAGCCAUAAGGGUACUCAAAUAUCUCAAGAAUGAGCCAGCAUUAGGAUUGAUGUUCUCAUCUCAAAUAGAUUUAGAGCCUACUGAUUUUUCGGACAGCGACUGGGGUACAUGCUCAGACACUAGAAGAUCUAUAUCGGACUAUUGUUUCUUCAUAGGAACAUUUAUUGUAUCAUGGAAAAGUAAGAAGCAAAAUACAGUGGCAGUGUCAUCGUGUGAAGCAGAAUACAGGGCCCUUGCCAUGGCUACUAAAGAAGUACAGUAG